CUGGAACUAACACUGGAGCUGGACUGGAUACGGAUCGGAGUAAUUUAUCCCGACUCGUGACCCCCGGCUGUCCUUCGAUUCUUUAGCAGUUCAGCAUCCAGCGACUGCAGCAGCAGCGACCACCCGUCUAGCCAACCACAAGACAACGCCGCCGUCCGCCUACGGCCUACCGGCUACCGUGUUCUGCCCCAACCCGUCAAUCCGCCACUCGCCCAGCGUGAUUGCAGGUUAGCAGCCGUGAGCCGCCACCGGCCACCCGUCUGCUGCACUGCUGCACCUACACGUCAUUUCAAGGAGGAGCCUAUCAGCGGCGCCAUUUGAAGACUUGGCGGCAUGAGCGUUCGUACCUUCCUUGAAUUUCUUACCCGUCACUGUGAAGAAAUCCAUCCACCGUUUGAGAAGGAUACCCAGUACAGCAGCAUAUUCCUAAGUCAAAACAAUGUGUAGUGGAAUAUCAAGCUGAUUAACAUACAUAGCCAAAUCUCUCUCCAUAAGUAAACCAGUCUUCCUCAACUCGUUUGGAAAUAAAGCAUCUGCAAUGGUUAAUACGCCAAUGGUUCCUCCUAACGCGGCGAUUGGCAACCAGAAUUUAGAUGGAGGUGUGCCUGCACCACCGCAGCCUCCAGGGACGGAUAUGACCGGGAUAUGUUUUAGGGAUCAGCUAUGGCUGAACACUUACCCUCUGGACCGAAACUUGGUGUUCGAUUACUUUGUUCUUUCACCUUUUUAUGAUUGGACCUGCAAUAAUGAACAGCUCCGCAUGCGCUCUAUUCACCCCCUGGAUGUUUCUCAUUUGUCAAAAAUGACUGGAAUUGAGUUCAUGCUUACUGAAGUUAUGGAGCCCCAUCACUUUGUCUUCCGUAAACAAAAGAGAGAUAGUCCUGAGAAAGUCACACCGAUGCUAACUUAUUAUGUGUUGGAUGGUUCAAUUUACCAAGCUCCUCAGCUUUGCAAUGUCUUUGCAGCUAGAUUGGGGCGGGCUUUAUUUCACAUAUCAAAAGCUUUUACCUUUGCUGCAACAAAACUGGAGAAGAUUGGAUAUGUUGAUGCCGAAAAUGAGGGUGGGCAAGCUGAGAAAAAGGUCCCCAAGGAGGCUAUUGACUUCAAAGAACUUAAGCGAGUAGAUCAUAUUCUUGCUUCUCUACAACGCAAGCUUCCGCAAGCUCCUCCAUUGCCUCCAUUUCCAGAAGGCUAUACACACCAGUCAACUGCAGAAGGGUCAGAAAACCAGCAAGCAGAAGGCCAGCAGCAGCCUCCACCUGAUCCCAUCAUCGACCAAGGCCCUCCUUCCAAGAGGAUGCGAGUUUGAGUGGUUUCUCUUUUCUUGUGCCCAAAGCAACCUAAGAUAGCAAUCUGCAUUGUUUUGCUACAAUCUUAACCUAAGUUAGGUGAAUGGGUUAAUCCUAGCUAGGGCUGUACCAGUCCAGUUCUGGUACCCAGUAUCCCUCUCCGAGAACUGGUCCUGGUUCCCAGCCAGUUCUGGUUCCAUUUUUUUGUUUUCUAUUUUUACAUAUUCAAUACUCUGUAUGUUAAUUCUUCUAAAGAUCUAUAUAGCAACUUUUGUUGAUCAUAUAAAUAUCUAAAAUAUUAUAUAUCAUAGUUGAAUAAAAUUUUGGUGCUUGCUAUGG